UUUCUCCGAGCAGUACCACACACCGACCUCGUUUGAACCGCUGUUGGCGUCUCAUCGCAUCCCCUUCUACCCCAAAACAACUGACUCUUAUCAUGUCUGUGUGUCACUUGCACGCGUAGAUGUGUGUUUAAUGAGGGCAGCUGAGCGGUUCGAUGGACUUUCGCUACUUUACUGGACGAUCAUGGGACCACAUGGCAUCAACAGAGCUGUGCAGAGACUGGAGUUCUGCGACUGCAAGAAGGGACUCGGGGUGAAAAUAACCGGCGGGUACCGUGAGAUUACAGGAGAGGACUUUGGGGUCUACAUCAAGCGGGUGGUGGCUGGAGGCCUGGCUGACCAGGAUGGUCGCCUUAGGUCAGGUGACCUUAUUUUGGAUGUCAACAAUAACAGUCUGAUAGGUGUGACCAAUGAGAGGGCGGUGGAAAUCUUACGGACGGCCGCCUACUCCAAUCACAUGUCUCUGUUGGUUGCCAGAGACAAUGAAUCCAGGAGAGAGUUUGCAGAGUUCAUGGAAAAGUACGGGUCCAGCACCGUCAGCAGACAUUCCGGAAGGAUCUCUCCUACCCAGCUCUCUACAGUGAAGCUGACGGACACAGCCUCCUCGUCUUCUUCCUCUCGCUCUGAGAGCCCCCUGCUCCUCAGUCCCAAAGAGGGGGUGGGUACCACCUCUGCCUCCACCCAUGGACCCCCGUACACCCCGCUGCCUGCCUACCACUCCAGCCCCUACUCUGUGCAAACGCCUCUACCACAGGUCUUCAGUGACAGUCUCAUUCGGUUGAUAUGCGUCUCCAAGGGAACAGGGUUAGGGCUUGUCAUUAAAGGCGGGACCAACAGCCCUGAAGGACCAAUGGUUUUCAUUCAGGAGAUGGUGCCAGGAGGAGACUGUCAGAAGGAUGGCAGACUGCAGGUAGGGGACCAGCUUGUGUCCAUCAACAAGGAGUCUUUGAUCGGAGCGAGCAAUGAGGAGGCUCAGAGCAUCCUGGCAAGCACAAAACUCAGACCGGACCCCACGGUGGAGAUAGCCUUCAUCAGGCGGCGCUCUUCGUCCGGCUCCAGCAGUGAAACCCAGAGCCCCACCAUCUCCCUGCAGGGGCCUGUAGGGGGCACUGUGUCCCAGGCCUCGGCUCCAGGGUUGGGGCCGCUGCACUCCCAGGCUGGCCUCUUGACCAAACUGCCCCCCGUCGCCGUACGCCCCCCCCCGCCCAGCAUAGCGCUGCCCACGCCGCCCGUACUCAACGUCAGCCAGGUGCACGUGGCACCCGUCAGAACAGAACCAAAGUGUGUCUCCACUGACAGCGCUAUCGACACCUGGCCAGACCCCCCCCCCAGCGGCCAUACUGCAGACGUCCCGGCCCCCCCCUGGAAGAGCUCCCUCGGCCCCCAACAUCGCCUCAAAUUGGAGAGGCUGGAGCAGGCUCUGGAUGUGCUUGGCUUGAAGCCCACAGAUUUACAGAGGCAGGCACUGAGGUCUCGACUCCGGGCAGACACAGCUGGGACUGUGGCCUACGCAGAGUUUGAGAGCCUGUCCAAGGAGCUCUUCAAGCCCCAGCUUCAGGAUGGUGUGCCAGUGUCCCAGGUGGGGUCCAAGUUCUCCUCUGAUGACCUGUCCAGUCUUCUAGAGUCUCCCACAAACCCACUGCCAUCACUGUCAGACUCUGACGAUCUGGAAGAGAUGGAGCGACUGAGGAAGGACCACAUCGAGGCGCUGAGAGAGAUCCAGAAGUUACAGGUUCAACUGGCUGAGUCUCAGAGACUGCAUCUCGUGACAGAGGAGGAGCUUAACAAGGUCAAGCAGGAGGUCCAAUCCGGAGCAGUGGAGAGCAGGGCCCUGCGGUGCCGGGUGCAGCUGGCGGAGGUGGCCCAGAAGCAGGCCCGAGGCAUGGAGAUGGACUACGAGGAGGUCAUCCACCUGCUGGAGACUGAGAUCGCAGAGCUGAAAACGCAGAGGGCCGGACAGCCCUUCAACCCCAAGGAGGAAGCUGAGGAGCUGAAGAAGAGGGUGGCAGUCCUGGAGUGCCAGCUACGGAAGAGCGAAGGGGCCAAAAAGAGCUUUGAGUUGUCCACGGGCAAACUCCUUAACUUUGUAGAGACAGUUCAAGACUUCCUCCAAGAUACCCAAGGCACCAGUAAGAGCAACAGCUCUGGAGAGGCGAAGGUGGGCCCCGUGGCCCUGGCCCCCGCCCCGCGCCACAAGAAGGGCUCCUGGACGGUGGCCACGCUCUCUCAAGAAGCCAAGGACCUCACCCGGACCGUCAGAGCCAUCCUGGAGGUGGACUCUCUCACCUUCUAGAGGAGGCCAUCGCCAAUGACGAGGAGAAUCUAGAUACCCCAAGACGCUCCACGCCUUUAGCAGAAACCAUGCAACGGCGAAAAUAAAAAAACAAUCAUUUGGUCAAAUUUUUCCAUUUUUCUGCACGUGUUUUUUUCUCCUGCUGUUGAACAAAUGCCUGGUGAUGACGGAUCCGCAUGGCCCGAAGGCACGGUGACUGCAUUCAAACCUCAACCCUCCCUGUUCCCUCUGUGUUAACGCCUGAAUCUGUCUACGUUGUCCUCCAACACCGACACCAGCUUGGUUUUACCCUGACCGCUUCAUGACUAUCGGACACGAGCAAUCGCCGCAGAUGUUGAUGUUAAUGUUUUAUGUCAUGUUACACAUACUUUUGUUAUUUUAUAUUUUAGUUCGGAUACGCAAAAUGUCUGCUGUCUUGGUAUGAGUUAAUGUCGUUCUACGAGUUAACACUGACAAGGGAAGGGCAAGGGUUGCACAUUCAUCAAAUUGUUACAGGUAUCAUUGUUUUAAGGCAUUACACUUCAAAAAGUAAUUACAAUUUAUUUCAUCUAUCUCGAGGCAUUAAUGUCUGCAUUACUUUUAGCAAAAGUAACUUAGCCAACAUUGACACAAAUGUUAAAGACAAUGUAAAUUACAUCUGACCUUGUAUUAGUAUUUAUUACAAAUAUAUCACAGUAACUACUUGAAAUUGAAUGACCAAUAAGAAUUUAUUAUAGUUACACUGCACCUGGUCAUCAUCAAAUUCAUUCGUUUUUCUAUUUCUGUGUGUGAGAGAGAGAGAGAAACACGAAAGCCUAUAUCUGUCCAUUUAGCCUAGCCAGCUAAUUCAUACUAUUAGAAACAUCAUGCAUAAUUCAACACAUUGCAGCUAAUAACAAUCAUGUUUACAUGUUGUCGUCCGAGAAUGUGAUCAAACAAUUUAACUCUAAAGCACGUUUAUAGGAUGGUGUUCGACACACAUGUUUAUGGGGAUUCAACCAUGAUGUCUUGGCACUUAUGAGACAAAUCAAUCAGUCAAUUGAAAGCUAUACGCAGCUGGGCUUUAAUGAAGUGUGUCCUGAUACGUUUAAAAAAACACGUGUAUACUUUAAAACAAUAUGUUAUCUGUUAUUAGCUUGUCUGUGAAAUGUCUGAUUUGUACUGUUGAUAUUAUGAACACAAUACAAUUUAAAGGCUUACUGAAAUGUACCUGAAAUACCACGUUUUUUAAAUGAUCGGUUAUAACAUGUAUAUAUGGGGAGGGUGUAGCACAGAGGUUAGGGUGAUGUUCAACUGUCGAACGAAAAGGUUCUGGGUUCGAUCCCCAAGUGUCCACAGUCUUCCUGUAGGAAUUCAUGAGCAAUAUGUCAGAUAUUGACCUAACUAAUGACCUUCAUCUGUAUUCAUUGUACAACACUCUGGAUAAACUCUUUCACUUCAUGACAAAAUCUCAAAUAGAUAUUUUAGUGUUGUCUCCUGGUUCAUGUCGGGAUUUCAAAACCUGCUUCAUGGACGAUUUCAGGGCUUCUUCGUUGAUCGUGUUUCUUUGUUGUCAUUUCCUGAACAUAACGAGAGUAAAUAACUCCCUGGUGAGCCUCUGGUCUUAUUUCUUCAUAACAAACAGAUUCACGGUGAACUCUGACCCAGGGCCACAACCCCCCCAGGAGGUAAUGUGACUGCCAGGGUUAACUUUUGACCCCUCUGACACACUUAGUGGUUUGUCUCAGGACCUAAUGGUAAAGGUAGCAUCGCACAUGCAUCACACUGGUUAGCAGCAGGCUAAGGAUAGCGCCAGGUUGACCACAAGAGUCUCGUACGAAGCGGGGGAAAUAAGAUAAAGCCGUGCUACAUCUGGGUUCUUUUCCCUGUUAAAACAACAUGCUUAUAUGGAUUUCUUGUUCCAAAUAUGAUAUGAAAUUUUGUGUUUUGGGGGAUUUGGUGAGUCUAGAGCCUCAAAACAAAAUUCUUACAGUUGUGUCAUGUCUGUGAUCACUAUUGACUGCACACAACACAUUUAGAUAAUAAAGAAACCCCACAUAAGAUUUAGAAUAGAUGUAGAACAAAAUAUGUCUAAGGUCGCAGUCACAUAUAGAUUAUGCAACGGUGUGAUCGACAGCCUUCUUUCAACGCGUACAACACGCCUGAUGCUUUACUUCAUCAAAAGAUCUGAGAAAAAAAAGAGUUGAAAGUGCAGUGAAAGUGGCUCAAGAUAAGUGUACUUGAUGAGGAACAGACAGAUUUUCUGUUAUUGGUUCGAGGUUAUUAGGAGAGAGGGAGGAAGAAAGAGAGAGCAUGGCGACAAUGAGCAGCCAGGAGUGAUGUGAUAGAAGAAGUAGGUCAAUCAAAUUCUGAAUGAAAACCCUGGUGUCAGUGUGUGUGUGUGUGUGCGCGGCAGUGUUGCUUGGAUACACCACUAGCUAUUAACCAUAUAGAUUGUAGACGAGCUCUCUUUCAUGCUGUUUAAUUCACAUACAGUAACACACAGCUGUCAAAAGAUGAGUAAGAAAGAAACGGUUACUCCAAAGGUGGUGGAUUUAUUUAAACUUGCCAUUGUCUUUUGAUUGCAUAAAAAGCACAUCUUAUUUAAAAUAUUCAUUCUAAUCGAAUAAAAUCCUUUUAUGAUGUGGUUCAGAAAACAAACACCAUCUAUCUGUCGAAUUGUAAUGCCUUAUGUAAAUUGCAAAACCGCAUCUGAAAAUGCACUGCAUAUUUAUUUUAUUAUCAAAGGAGCUGCAGUUUAUUAUAAACCAGGCUUGUCCUUUUUUUUAUAUCAAUGUUGCUAACGAGACCGCUGCGUUUUUACUGGUCGUGCAUGACGUGUUAGGUGAUCACAGCGUGGACUCUUUCCCUGUGGCGAGUUGUGUAACGAGUGACCCCAUCCGCUAGAUGUAAACGUUGCAAAUAAAGAUCUUCCUCUAAAGUCUUUAGUAAGAGUUUGAUGUCUCACACGAGUCAGGUAAUCAUGGUUCGUUCAAGGGGCUCUUAUCAGGGGGCAGCAUCAGUUUAAUUUCGUAUGAUGAGCAGAGGCUAGAGUCCAUCCUUCUCCAGUUCUUCCGUAAGGGCAGCUUUAACGAGUCAAUGACAACUUGGAUCACACUCAAUUAAAAACGUAUAGUAAAGAUUACACAAUGGUACCAAAAUAAAUACAGCUUGGUAUGUUGCAUAAGUACGUUUGUCACCGAACCAGUUGUGUAAUGGAUAGAUAUAACUCUCUAUAUUCUCUCUAUGGCUCUGGGCUGAGCCUAUAGCCACGGAGACACACAAACAUACUACAUAGCCUACAUACAUGCAUGCAUACACACACAGCAGGUACAUAGAGACAUUUGUGUACACUAACAGGUUAGUUUGGUCGGAUAAAUUGCCAAGGUUACCUACAGUACUUACCGGAUAUUCCCUUAAGCCAUGUUAAUGGAACGCAACUCUAGCUGAAAGUAGCGAGGCUUGGCGAAAUAUACCCGGAUUUGCCUUUAGCUUGUUUGAUGGAAUACCCCUUAGGUCUGCAACUAACUAACGAUUGUUAUAGUCGAUUAUUAUAAGAUUCCUUUUUAGUAUAAUUAUUAAUCAAUAAAUCAUUUUGUCUAUAAAAUGGCAUAGUUACCAGAGUCCAAAGUUAUUUCUUAAAUGUGCUUUCUUUGUCUCACAAGCAGCCAAGAAAAACAAAACUAUUCCUUGAAUGAUACAAUAAAGUUAUGUUAUGUAGUAUUUCUGCAUUUAAAUAUCUUAAAACGACUUUGAAGUUGCGAAGUUGUGUACUUAACCAAAUCCGUAGUUUUAUUCAAGGUAAACUCUGUGUUUGAUUUUGUAGCCUGUUAAUGGCAUCAUAUUCCCUUAGGAAACUGUUAUCCAUCAGAGACCAAUUUUAUUGAUACAAUAUUUCAAUAUCAAUAUAACUUACUGCUACUGUUUUUAUGAGAAGUGGCUCAUGCCAGCCACCAAGCUAAUGUGCACGAUAACAUUACAUCACAACAACGUUCAACAUGCUCAGAAAGUUAUUGGAUUGUUUCGACCAAUGAUAAUAGCGAAUAGCUACCUCAACAUUUGCUACAUGAUGUUUGCUACAGUUGUAUGGGUUGUUGACUCAUCUAAUAUUAAGUUAGCAAGUAAAGUUACACUGCCUAACACUUAUUAGCGAUAUCAUUAGAAUGAAAUGACACAACUGAAUAAAUGUAUCCUGAAUACAACUUUA